CUCACCCGCAGCGCCUGCUGGAGUGCGCCCUGCCCCCUCCCCACCCAUUUCACCACCGCCAUGCCACCAGGCAUGGAUGUCCUGUCUCCUUUCUUCUUCUUGCUGCUGCUCCCAGGGCUUUCAGUUCAGCAGAUCUCCUCCACAUCUCUCACCAACUCUACCUUGGGCUCGGCCACCACCACCAUCCACAGCGGAACCUCAACCCCCACCACCAGCUCAUCUACCAGCCCUGCGUCAGGCUCAGCCAUCACCACCAUCCACAGUGGCACUCCAACCCUGGCCACCAGCUCAUCUACCAGCCCUGCGUCAGGCUCAGCCACCACCACCGUCCACAGUGGCACUCCAACCCUGGCCACCAGCUCAUCUACCAGCCCUGCGUCGGGCUCAGCCACCACCACCAUCCACAGUGGCACUCCAACCCUGGCCACCAGCUCAGCCACCAGCUCUGUGUCGAGCUCGGCCACCACCACCAUCCACAGUGGAACCUCAGUCCUUACCACCAGCUUACCCACCAGCCCUGCAUCGGGCUCAGCCACCACCACCGUCCACAGUGGCACUCCAACCCUGGCCACCACCCCAACCACGAGGGCUGAAUCAGGCUCUGCCACCACCUCCGUCCACAGUGGCACCUCGUCCCCAGCCACCAACUCUGGAUUAGGCUCUGCUAUCACCUCUGUCCUUGAAGGCACCUCGACUCCAGUCAUCAGCUCAGCCACUAGCCCUGUCCACAGUGGCACCUUGGCCACCAACCCUGUCUACAAUGGCACCUCAGCCCCGGCUACCAGCCCUGAAUCAGGCUCAGCCACCACCCCCAAUCACAGCAGCAUCUCGGCCCUAGCUACCAGCCCCUUGUCAGGCUCAGCCACCAUAUCUUUCCACAGUGGCACCUCGACCCCGGCCACCAGCCCUGUGGCAGACUCGGCCACCACAUCCUUCCACAAUGGCACCUCGGCCCCAGCUACCAGCCCCUUGUUGGGCUCGGCCACCACCCCUGCCCAUAGCGGCACCUCGGCCCCAGCCACCAGCCCUGUGUCGGACUCAGCCACCACAUCCUUCCACAGCAGCACCUCGGCCCCAGCCACCAGCCCUGUGUCGGGCUCGGUCACCACCCCUGUCCACAGCGGCACCUCGGCCCCGGCCACCAGCCCCGUGUCGGACUUGGCCACCACCCCUGCCCACAGCAGCACCUUGAUCCCAGCCACCAGCCCCGUGUCGGACUUGGCCACCACCCCUGCCCACAGGAGCACCUUAACCCCGGCCACCAGCCCUGUGUCGGGCUCGGCCACCACCCCUGUCCACAGCGGCACCUCGGCCCCAGCCACCAGCCCUGUGUCGGGCUCGGCCACCACAUCUGCCCAUAGUGGCUCCUCAGCCCCGGCCACUACUGUGACAGUUGGCACAACAAGCACUCCCAGCCAGCACCCUGCUACCCCCACCGUCCUUCCCAGCCACAGCACAGAGCCUCCCCUCACAGCAUCCAAUCACAGCACCACCCCAACAGCGCAUGACAGCCUUGCUUUCUUCUUCCUGUCUUUUUACAUUUCCAAUCUCCAGUUCAAUUCUUCCUUGCAAGAUCCCAACAGCAACUACUAUCAAGAGCUGCAGCACAAUGUCUCCGCACUGAUUCUGGAAAUUUACACCCAGAAGGAAUUCGUGGGCCUCUCUGGUAUUAGGUUCAGCCCAGGCUCCGUGGUGGUGGAUGCAAUUCUGGCCUUCAGAGGGAACACCACCAAUGAGGUUACGGUGCAGUCGCAGUUUCUAAAUAACAUAGACAAAGCAGCCAGAUACAACCUGGACAUCUCACGAAUCACAGUGGGCAAUUCACUGUCUCCUUCAGCCCAGUCUGGGGUGCCAGGCUGGGGCAUCGCCCUGCUCGUGCUGGUCUGUGUUCUGGUUGCACUGGCCAUCAUCUAUUGCUUGACCCUGGCUGUGUGUCAGUGCCGACGCAAGAACUGUGGGCAGUUGGACCUCUUCUCAACUCGGGACACCUACCAUCCCAUGAGCGAGUACCCCACCUACCAGACCCACGGCCGCUAUGUGCCCCCUGGCAGUACCAAGCGCAGCCCUUAUGAGGAGAUUUCUGCAGGUAAUGGCGGCAGCAGCCUUGCUUACACCAAUCCAGCCGUGGCAGCCACCUCUGCCAACUUGUAGGGACAAGUUGCCCACUGAGGGCCAGCCGGUGCCAAAGUUCCUCAUUCACUGAUGGAGCCCCUUUCCUUUGUCCUGGGUUGGGAGCCCAUGAAGGUAGUAGCCUAGUACCACCUGUCCCUGCCCUUCUGGAUAGGCCUGGGGGCAGGGAUGGGGUGACGUUCAGGUGGACUGGUCUGGCCUGGGAAAGGACCCCAUACCAAUGGGAAAGAACGUGGUUGAAUAAAACGGGCCUCCUGCUGUGCGGACCUCU